UGACGGUGCCGGAGCUGCUGCGGAGCGGCGCGGCCGGGGCGGCCCCGGCGACCCCCGACCCACUCCCGGCGCGCUCCCGGCGCCCGCCGCAGCCGCAGCGACCCUCGCGGCCGCUCUCGGCCACCCUCCCUCGCCAGUGCGGAACCGCGGGAGGGGGGGCAAUGGAGAUGAAGAAGCGCAUCAACCUGGAGUUGCGGAACCGGGCCCCCGAGAAGGUGACAGAGUUGGUGCUCGAUAACUGCCGCUCCAGCAACGGGGAGAUCGAGGGGCUCAAUGACUCGUUUAAGGAGCUCCAGUUCCUCAGCAUGGCCAACGUUGAGCUGACAUCACUGGCCAAGCUGCCCACGUUGAGUAAGCUCCGGAAGCUGGAGUUGAGCGACAAUGUCAUUUCUGGAGGCCUGGAGGUCCUUGCAGAGAGAUGUCCUAAUCUCACAUAUCUAAAUUUAAGCGGCAACAAAAUCAAAGAUCUUGGCACUGUGGAAGCUCUUCAAAAUCUGAAGAAUUUGAAGAGUCUUGACCUGUUCAACUGUGAGAUUACAAACCUUGAGGACUACAGGGACAGCAUCUUUGAGCUGCUGCAGCAGAUCACAUACCUGGAUGGGUUUGAUCAGGAGGACAACGAGGCACCAGACUCAGAAGAUGAUGAUGAUGAGGGGGAUGAAGAUGAUGAUGAUGAUGAGAAUGAAGCUGGGCCUCCAGGAGAAUAUGAAGAGGAAGAUGAUGAAGAUGAUGGAGCUUCAGAUUUGGGUGAAGGUGAAGAGGAGGAGGAAGUUGGUCUUUCAUACCUGAUGAAAGAAGAAAUUCAGGAUGAAGAGGAUGAUGAUGACUACGUUGAAGGAGGUGAUGAGGAGGAAGAAGCAGAGGGUGUCCGAGGGGAGAAGAGGAAACGAGAGCCCGAGGAUGAAGGCGAGGAAGAGGAGGAUUAAUUUGCAGGACCAGACUCUCCAGUUAAGGAAGACGCAAUAGUGAUUAUGCAGCUCUGUAUGUCCAUGUACCAUAGAUGUCCUGACAGAAAUCCUAUGUUAACUUUUUAUAGCAGAAGUGUGGUUUUACUAUUCCUGCCCCUUUUAUCAUUCCAGAUAAGCUCUGAUAGCCCAUAGGGAACCUUCUGUAGAGAACAAUUUUCAGCCCUAUAAUCACUGAAGCCAUUGGCAAAUUCUCCCCACCAGAGUUUUCUUUGGAGCUCUUUAAUUUCGUACAAUCUUGCUGUGUUGGUCAUUGUUAGCCCUGAAUCCAUCCCCAUGUCCCAUGGGUUUAAUAUUGGGAGUUUUCAUUCAGGAUUUUGAAGUUUUUAUGCUUAAAAAGCAGAACUGAAAAGUGCUCUACAGUGAAUUCCCCACUCUCUGUUAAAUCAGUUGACUCUAGGCCAAGUUUUCCAUGGAUUCAACUGGAAACCCCUAACUAGAUGACACCUGUGUUUCAGUUUUUUACAAGGUGUCUCCUGUGAUUUUUCUUUUUUGAAAGCUCUUCUCUAUUUUUGGGUAUUUCAGAGUAAAGCCUCAGUGAGUUUCAGACGAUGUUUUUGUUUUCCUGCUUGCUCCAAUGUUCAGUGUUUGGAGUAUUCACUAGAUCCCUUCAAGGGUGUAUUUUGGCAAACUGAAAGAGUUGUGAUCCUUACAGGGUUGCAAUCCAUAAAUUUUCCCCCAAGUCCAUUGUCACUGCAGGUAUUAACGAAGCAAUUAAUGUGUAGUUUUAAACCUUUUUGCCAGAAAUCUUUGUUAAACUUUCACUCACUUUGCUCUUGCAUUGUCAUUCUGGGAAUUCUGCACCACUCAUGGCUAUAAAAUGUAUAAAAUAGAUGAAAUAUGCAUUUCUGAUGCAGAAGUGAACGGGUAACUCCUCCAAGCGUGUUGUUUUCCACCCCCCCAGCUCUUCUAGAACUGUUGAAGGGAAGAAUGAACCCAAGCUGGCCCUUCUCUGCACUUCACCUCUUAAACUGUUUCAAUCUGGCUGUAAAACACUCAGUUUGUGUGUAACAGUUGGGAAUAUUUGGGGGUUUAUAUUGAGUGGCUUUUUAUCUAGCAGCCUUUAUAAUUCCUAAUCUGCCCCAAUGUAUCAUCUUAUCCUGUUGGAAACCAAUUUUCACUUCCAGCAUUCCUCCUUCAGGCAUGACCUGGCUUUCACACAGUGUAGUCCUGGUAUCACACUGACUGACAUCAGUCUCACAUAGGUCCUGAACCAAAUAUCACACACAGCUUUAUUGCAGAGACUUAUUUUUGUAUCUGUCCUGGCUGUCAGUAGCUGCCAGAAACUGGGGAGAGCCUGCAGGUGGGAGGAGGGAGAUUGCUGGGUCUAAGAGAGUCAGUCCCUCAUCACCUGGUUCCCUGUGGGAUGUCCCUCAGGAAUUUCAGAGUGACCUCCAGCUCUUGGGUGGAGUUUAGAUCAUGCAGGGUUGAAGUUUCUGCAAAGCCCCACUCCCUGUGUGUGUGGUUUUUCUCCCCCCCCAACUAGAGCCUUAAUUCUGGGUUUCUCCUGAACCUUCCUGGCCUCAAGCGGAGUCUGGUGGUACACUGGGGAACAACUGACUCCUUGGGCUUUGUGGUUUUUAAAGGAUAUCUCUAAAGACACUAGAAAAGCUGUGGUGAAACUUCCUUUGCAGCCACAACCAAGUCCUGUGUUUGUGAUGAGUCCUGGCUGGGUCAGUGCAUGGUUGUCAUGUCCUGAAGGCUCUGGGUGAGGCACUCACUCCGUGCUCAGCUUUGAGAGAAAAAGUGUUUUUUCCCAUCCUUUUGCUUAUUGUCCUUAGAUUGAAACUUGUUAUUUAUAAGUGUGUACGUUAGAGCACCUCCAUGUCAGGGUUUUACUUAACUGUCUGUAACUGAUGCAGAUAAAAUUAGUUUUAAAUGGAAGUAGAAAAAAAAAAAAAGAGUCUAUUUUGAUGGAUUAAAAUAAUGUGGGUAGUGGGCUUGUUUGAAUAAGCAAGACCAGAGCUCUGAGGGGUGACAGCCCUUCCCUAGGCCAGACUUCCCACUUCCCAAACAGCCACAGUUCCACCACGUGGAACCUGAGCCCCUCACGAACCCAAGAAUCUGUCCCAGUGUCACCGUCCCCGGCCCCGUGUCCUCCGCUCGGCAUGCAGCAACAGCGUUUUUUAACGAGGAAUUCAGAGCCUCCAGAUAACUUUUGAAACUUUUUUGCUUGGUGGGUGGUCUUUUCAUGCAAAUACGUCAGGGUGGGUUUUAUAUUUUGUAGAGGUUUUGUCCUAUUUUAAUGCUCUUUGUAUGGCAGUCUGUAUAUAGUGUGGUUUGGUUCCUUCUCCGACUCUUUCCUGAAACUUUGGAGUAACUGAUUUUGUGCAACUGUGUUUUGAAUAAAGCCAUGACAGUGUUAAAUUAAAGACAACAGCCCUGCAGCACUCUUCUGGUAACUUUUAGUUGUUACAAAACAUGUUUCCUCCCCAUGUGUGCUGUAAAUUUUAAAUUAAAAAGUUUUCAAACCGAAUUAUUUCAAAUAAA